AUGACAGGAGAUAGUAAAAUCAAGAAAACUUCAAAUACUGCGGCAAAAUCUAUAGAUGAAGACCUUCAGAUCUCAGCAGAAGCCGAAAUGGAAGUUGGGGAGACUAAGCUGUCGGACCCAAAGAACAUUACAGAAGGGAUCAGAGUUACAGAACCUGUGAAGACGGUAGAGACUCAAUCCAAAGGAGUGACUAAUCCUGCACCUCUACUAGAGAGACUUGCACAGAUGCCUCAGGUGGCGGUGUUGGACUUGGAUAAGUUUAAUGAAGCUUUAAUUGAUCAAGAAGCAACGAUAGUGACUACAAAGAGUGAGGAGCCAACAGAACCAGCUAGCAAGGAACUUGAUGAUGUAUGUGUGGUUCUUAUUUCAAACUUGCCUGAGAAAGGAUAUUCUGUUGAGGAAGUUUCCAACCUAGCAAAGCCAUUUGGAGGACUGAGGGAUGUGCUAAUUUUAUCAUCUCAUAAAAAGGCAUAUCUUGAAAUAAAUAGAAAAUCUGCAGAUUCCAUGGUUAAAUUUUACACCUGCUUUCCAAUGUCACUGGAUGGAAAUCAGCUCUGCAUCAACAUGGUACCUCAGUGUAAGACUAUAAAAGAUGAAGAAGCAAUAUUUACUGCUAUAAUUAAAGAUUCUGACCCUAAGGUAAAUACUGAAACUAUACAUAAUCACUUUGUGCAUCUUGGGAACUUGCCAGAUGAUGGAUACAGAGAACUUGAAGCAGUUUGUGUGGGACUUCGAUUUGGAAAAGUAGAUCAUUAUGUUGUACUGAAGAAUAAAAACAAGGCAAUUCUGCAGCUGGAUAGUCCCAAGUCAGCCAGAUCAAUGUACAGCUUCCUGAAGCAAUAUCCGUAUAAUAUGGGUGAGCAUACAUUGACCUGUACGUUGUCACCCAAUGGAGACUCUGCUGAGGCUGAAGUUGUGAAAAAAGAAGUGAAGAAAGAGGAACCAAGCAAAGGAAGCUCUGGCUUGAAAAAAUAUCCAGAGGGAUCAGGAGUGGUGCAAACAGCAGCUGCUAAUCCUCCAGUAGAGCCUAGUGUGGCAAAGAAAGGACCCGUUUCCAUCUCUAAUGUCAAAGACAAGAUGUCAGCAGUACAGAUAGAGUCCAAUCUUGAAAGAGCAGUAAGGGAGUCUGCUCUGAGACUGGCAGAAACAUCUGUGGAGAAAGUGGGCGCUGGAGUUGAAGCUACUGUGGCAUCUAUCAAAUCCGCUGCUAGUGGAUCAUCUGAAGUGAAGUCAGAAGAGAUGCCGCCUUCCAGUGUGGAGAAGGAAGAAGCAGUUAAAGAUAACACUGAACCAGAGUUGUUUGAAUCUGCUGCUGUAUCUGCUUCCAAGAAGGAAAUUAAAGAGAAAGAUGCAGAGUUGUCUGCUCCUGCCGUUGAACGACCAGAAGAAUUGUCCGAUGUGGGCAAGGCUGAAGAUGUGCCAUCAGGUGGUGCUGUGAAGCCGGUAGCAGGGUAUACGACAGGGGCUAUCCCUGAAGCGGUGCCCCCUGAUUCUGAUGCAGCCUCAGUGGAGAUGGUGUCAUCUGUUGUCACACAAACAACGAACAAGUUGGAUGCUCCUGAAAAAAAUAGUGUUUCUGAUGCUGAAUAUAAAAUGUUCAUAACUCCAAUAACAGAGAAGAAGCCUGUACUUAAAACUGGGGCGGCCAUGGAGAAGAAACUGGGUGUAGCUGGAGCAGACAGAGAGAUGAAACUAGAAGAGUCUGUGCUCAAAGCUGGAAGAGCUGUGGAGAACCCUGAAAAGCUUUUGGUCAAGACUGGGGCAGAGGCAGAGAAGAAACUUGAAAAAUCUGUGACCAAGGUUGGGGCUGCUAUGGAAAAUGCUGCAAAUGCUGUCAGUGAGAACAAUGAGGGAAGUUUAAUCAAAGCCCAUCAAAAUAAAGGAACAGGACCAGCAAAAACUGAUGAAACCCGCAAAGCAGUUCUGUUAAACUCCUCUCUCUCUGUCAAGGAAUCUUCCUCUGUUGGUAAAAUGAUUUUAAGGGCAGUGGUGUCUCUUCCGGAUAUAUCAAAGUCAAGGGUUCCAGUACGGAGAAAUGAGCCUUGCCUCUGUAAAGGAGGGGAGCAGAAAGCUCCCUUGAAGCCUGAGACCCGAGGCCAACCAGCGGUGGAGAAGAAAAUCGCAUCAAAAGAAGAGGGUCAUGCACAACCUGGUAGCAGCCGAUCAAGCUUGGGAGAUGGCAGCGGCAAAUGUAAAGUGAGCAGAAGUUCUGUUGUUGAUGGAAAGGGAGGCAAUGGGAGGAAUUCAUCUCAGCAAGAGAAGGACUCGCGAGUGGAAUCUAGGGCUAGUUCAAAACAGUCUCAAGAGGGAGAGAGUAGAUCAUCCAGCAUGAAGAAAGACAACAGCAGCAAUAAGGCUCCUGUUGGUGGCAAUACUAAAACUUCAAAAAGUGGCACUAGCAGUAGUGCAAAACAAAAGGAGAUAGCUUGGGCUUUGGGGAAGAAAAACAGAAAGAAGGUAAUAAAAAUCCAUAUUGAUGAGUUUGUAGAAGUAGGGUUACAGCAUCAAAUCAAAGAUCUACCAGAUACCGACCAGUAUUUGAUGGAAGAAGAGCUGUUUCCAUUUAACCUGGAUGAAUUUGUUACUGUGGAUGAGGUUGUAGAGGAAAUCGAGUCUCCCGUUCAAACACGGCGAAAUCCACUGAGGGGAAAGAGAAAAGAUGGUGCUAAAACCAACUCCUCUUCUGAGCCUAGCUCUAAGAGAAGGAAAGGGAAAAGCUCCAUAGCGCACGUUGCUGAAAGCGAACUCUCUUUUGUCACUCUGGAUGAAAUCGGUGAGGAGGAGGAUGUGACUGCACAUGACCCGCAGGGUCUGGUUGUAGUGGAUGAAGUGGUGGAAGAGGAAGAACUUAUGUCAGAAGCAGUAAAGGAUCCACAGUCGCUUGUUACUUUGGAUGAGAUAUCCGAACAGGAGGACCUUAGUUCUCAUAAAGACAUCCCUAGGUCAGUUUUUGAGGAGCAGGAUCUGAAAGCUGAACCCUUGGUAACUGUAGACGAAAUCGGCGAAGUAGAAGAGCUGCCUCUGAACGAGCCUGCAGACUUGAAUAUUGAGGAUGUGCUGAAGCAGAAGGAGGAUGAUAAAGCGACUGCUGAGGAUACUGGAGACUGUGCUUCCUCCCAGGUGCCUGAUGAUCCCAGUGCUUUAGUGACGGUAGAUGAAAUACAAGAGGACAAUGAAGAUAACCCUCUAGUAACUUUGGAUGAAGUUAACGAAGAUGAAGAUGAUUUUCUGGAUGAUUUUGAUUGUCUAAAAGAGGAACUGAACUUUGUUACAGUAGAUGAAGUUGGAGAGGAGGAUGAGGAAGAAGAAAAUACUUUCCCAGGGAAAAAUCUGAAUGAGGAGGAUGAUGAUGAAGAUAUUGUUGCUGUUGCAGGACCAGAAGAAAUGGAAAUUCUAGGAGAUAUGAGUCCAGAAGAAGAAAUUACUGUAAUCUCAAAGUCAAAAGUAGAUCAGCUGGGAUCAGGCGAUAAAGAACCAGAGUCUAAGCGGAGGAAAAUGGCUUCUUCAGAUGCAUCGAAGACGCAGAGUACUGCAAAAGAUUUGGAUUACCUAGUUCCAAAGGCAGGCUUUUUCUGUCAGAUCUGCUCGCUGUUCUACGCAGAUGAAAUGUCUGUGAAAAACCACUGCAAGACACCACUUCAUCAGCAAAACAUGGAGAAAUUCAUGGCCAAGCAGAAGGGGGAGCAUAACGAUGGGGGAGAGCGUCAAGGUGAUCGGAGGAAAGAAGAAUUCUUUCAAGGACAAGAAAACAACGUUGUUCUUCGUUCCUGCUUCUGCCGCGUGAGCUUCAGUCCAAAUUUGCCUUUGCUGAGCGUACGGAGGGCCAAGGAGGAGACGAGCACCCCGUGCCCUGGGGACCCCCGUGCCGGUCUGUUUGGGUCCUCUGCCUUGCCUGCCGGCGGGUCGGGCUGCGACGGCCCGGUGCUCCGCUCCCGCUCACCGGCAGCUUUAAAAGAAACAGCUUUUCCUAGAGAGAUGCUGAGAAAUCAUCCGAGGUGUGAGCAGCUCAGCUAUUCUAAAGGCUGCUCCAAGGGCGAGGCAUUGGCAAACGAGGACGACAAUUUGGCUUUUAAUGGGAUCGCUCACGGCUCUGCCCUGAGCGGCCUCCCCAGGGACACCCCAUCGGCAGGAGUUUGGGGCGGCUGCGUGGGCGAGGACGGUGGCCUGGGGGCUUCCUCUGGCUGA